AUGGAAGUGGCACACUCUGCAUCAGAGACAUUCACAGACAGUCAAAGGAAGAAGACCCCUCUUCCCCUGUGCCAACUGGUGGAGGACACAAAAAUAAGUCCCUCUAAUGUCCCUCAUCACCUACUAGAGACCCAAACCUAUACCAAACUCAAGAGCAACAGUGCAAUCCAUGCAGAACCCUCAGCACUUCACUUCAGUGGGUUUAAACUGGGGAAGGAUUAUCAGAGGACCUUGAAACUUAUCAACAUAUCAUCUGAAGUGAUCAACAUUCACAUUAUCCCCACCCAAACAAAGCACUUCCAAACGAAAUAUUUAAAAAAGCAUCGUCUUGUCCCCGGACUGUCCUACACGGUGAAAGUACACUUCUGUCCUAAAGAAUGGCGCUACUUCUACGACUGUAUUCGGGUUCAUUGCAAGCGGGAAGAGAAUUUACAGGUUCCAGUCCAUGCCUACCCCAUCAUCGAUGACUUGCACAUCCCAACACACAUCACCAUACCAGCUGUCCCACUGGGCCAAAGUGUCAGCCAUGUGAUCCCUCUGAGCUGCAGCUGUCCCAUUGACUUUGAGUUCCAGGUGUACAUCAUCCAGCCACACAAGGCCUUCUCGGUCCAGCCCCUGUCAGGAGUGAUUCCAGCCAAUGGGAAGGUGGAGGUGACCGUCACUUUCAGGCCGUUCCAGUAUGACACGUCCCAGGUCACUCUACAAGUGGUCAUCUCCCAGUUCAAUUCCAAACCCUACGUCUGCACCCUCAGCGGGUCCUCCAUGCCCCACCUGGCUCUCUGGAGAAAGACAUGGGACAUGCAAGAGAAGUUCUGUUUGUUGACAGUCGAGGGCCUCCACCUGUCUCCUUGAUACAGCCUCUGACCAAAACCAAGCAGAG